AUGGCUGCUAAAAUCGUAGUGCUGGGGGAAGUCAACGGUCGACUGCAACCCGUCUUUACAAAAUUGGCGUCGCUGCAUGCCAAAAACAGCUUCUCUUUCGCCAUAGCUGUAGGCAACCUAUUCGCAGAUGAUAAUGAGGCCGUAACAGAGCUCCUCGAGGGCAAACUAACUAUUCCGCUUCCUACAUACUUCACUGUUGGUCAAAAUGCUCUUCCUCCAAGGAUCGUAGAGAAAAUCGAAAAAGACGAAGAGAUUUGCCACAAUCUUCACUACUUGGGGAAACGAAGCACAACCAAAACCUCGGAAGGUAUCAGAAUCGUAGCCUUGGGCGGCCAGUUGGAUGAAACGAUUAUAGGAGGACUAUCAAAAGAACAGCACCUACCGUUCCACACGGUUGGCGAUGCUAAGGCUUUGCAGGGCGCACAUGAGGCAGAUAUCUUGCUUACAGCGUUGUGGCCGUCUUUCAUUAGAAAGGGCUCCAAGGUCUCACUCCCCGAAGGGCUAAUUGAUGUCACAGGCCAAGAUCAUAUCAGUGACCUGUGUGCCUCACUCAGACCUCGUUACCACUUUUCGUCCUCCCCAGAAUUCUUUUUUGAAAGAGAGCCAUUCUUCCAUCCCCCAACAACCGAAGCACCGGACAACAGGCCUUUAACCCGCUUCAUAUCUCUUGCUGCGCAUGGAAAUCCUUUGAAACAGAAAGCACUUUACGCAUUCUCUCUUCAGACUUCUGUCGACCCUACAGCGCCGCUCCCGGCCGGUGCUACUGCUUCUCCAUUCCUGUCCCGGCCCAAUCCAAAGAAACGGCCAGCUCUCGAUCUAGAGCCUUAUUCAAGGUACGGCACACAUGACAGCAAUGGUGGCUACAAUAAAAGGGGCAGAGGUCGAAGAGGUGAACGUGCUCCGCCGCCAGGGCCCGAUUCCUGUUUCUUCUGUCUAUCAAACCCUAAUCUCGAGACUCAUCUCAUUUCCUCUAUCGGCGACGACGCGUACCUUACUAUUGCUAAGGGUCCGUUGACGACAUCUGAGACCAACGCAGUGCAUGACAUCGAUUUUCCCGCACACGCACUCAUUAUUCCUCUGACGCAUGCCCCGACCCUUUCAUCUAUUACAGAAGAAGACGACUCAAAAAUAAAAACAUACUCAGAAAUGAACAAGUUCAAAGACGCCUUACAGAAAAUGAUUGCUGAAAAAUCCAACAAUAGUCUCGGGGCCGUCACGUAUGAAAUCAGUAAAGGUAACGGGGUUCACGUUCACUGGCAACUCUUACCUAUGCCUGUAGAUAUUAUUCGUAAGGGGCUUGUUGAAGCUGGCUUUCGCGUUGAAGCGGAAAAUCGCUUGUUUCCUUCAUUCGAGGUUCGGGACCCUAGAAUUGGUGACAAUGAGGGCGAUUUCUUCAGAGUCUGGAUUUGGACGCCACCUGCGGACGAGGCGUCUGUGGGCAGCACCAAUUGUCUGAUAAUGCCCUUUGACCACUCUAUUCGAUUCGACUUGCAGUUUGGACGAAUUGUGUUAGCAAAGCUGCUAGGUCUUACAGACAGAACUCAGUGGAGAGAAUGUUCACAGACAGAGGAAGAGGAGAAGAAAGAUAUCGAAGCCUUCAAAGCGGCAUUUAAAAAGUAUGAUUUCACGCUUUAG